CUAUUCUUCUGUAUUGAUUAUUGAACUUGCAAAACCGCACUCCCAGGGAGAGAGAGAGAGGAGAGGAGAGGAGAGCUGAAGGAGGCCAUAGCUGUUCUUUAUUUUCUACAUUUUUGUCACAUUUACAUCAACCACAUAUAGUACCUUUAGAAAGAGAGAGGAAGCGGCAAGAAUCACAGUAGGUUUCAAGCCCUAGACCGCCACCGCCACCGCCACCGCCGCAACCUCUCUCCUCUCCAAAACCCUAGAAGUUGUCGUCCUCGUCGGAGGGCCAAACAAAUCGAGCGAAGAUGAGGAUUAUGAUAAAGGGAGGUGUUUGGAAGAACACCGAGGAUGAGAUCCUGAAAGCUGCGGUCAUGAAGUAUGGCAAGAACCAGUGGGCUCGAAUCUCGUCCCUCCUUGUUCGCAAGUCCGCUAAGCAGUGCAAAGCUCGCUGGUACGAGUGGCUCGAUCCUUCUAUCAAAAAGACCGAGUGGACUAGAGAAGAAGAUGAGAAACUGCUUCAUCUUGCUAAGCUCAUGCCCACACAGUGGAGGACUAUUGCCCCAAUUGUUGGUCGUACUCCAUCCCAGUGCCUUGAGCGGUAUGAGAAACUCCUUGAUGCAGCCUGUGCUAAGGAUGACAACUAUGAACCAGGUGAUGAUCCACGGAAAUUGCGUCCUGGAGAGAUUGACCCGAACCCAGAGUCAAAGCCUGCACGUCCAGAUCCUGUUGAUAUGGAUGAGGAUGAGAAAGAAAUGCUUUCAGAAGCAAGAGCUCGGUUAGCUAACACUAGGGGCAAGAAGGCAAAAAGGAAAGCGAGAGAGAAGCAGCUUGAAGAGGCCAGAAGACUUGCUUCUUUACAGAAAAGAAGAGAACUAAAGGCAGCUGGAAUUGACACUAGGCAAAGGAAGAGGAAAAGAAAGGGGAUUGACUAUAAUUCUGAAAUUCCCUUUGAGAAGAAGCCUCCUCCAGGCUUUUAUGAUGUUGCUGAUGAAGAUCGACCAGUGGAACAGCCCAAAUUUCCUACUACUGUUGAAGAACUUGAAGGUGAAAAAAGAGUCGAUAAGGAAGCGCGAUUAAGAAAGCAGGAUAUUGCAAGGAACAAAAUUGCACAGAGGCAGGAUGCCCCAUCGGCUGUAUUGCAAGCCAACAAGCUUAAUGAUCCAGAAACAGUUAGGAAGAGGUCAAAACUGAUGCUUCCCGCACCACAGAUUUCUGAUCAUGAAUUGGAGGAAAUUGCAAGAAUGGGUUAUGCCAGUGAUCUUCUUGCAGGGAGUGAGGAACUGACAGAAGGGAGUGGUGCCACACGUGCUCUUAUUGCAAACUAUGCCCAGACACCAGGGCAGGGAAUGACCCCAUUACGGACCCCACAAAGAACGCCUGCAGGUAAGGGUGAUGCCAUUAUGAUGGAAGCAGAAAACCUUGCCAGGUUAAGAGAGUCUCAGACACCAUUACUUGGAGGAGAUAAUCCAGAAUUGCACCCUUCUGAUUUUUCUGGGGUCACUCCUAAGCGAAGGGAGAUUCAAACACCAAACCCUGUGUUGACUCCUUCAGCAACUCCUGGAAGCGUGGCUCUUACACCUAGAAACAGCAUGACACCAUUGUCAAGGGAUGGUUACUCUUUCGGUAUGACCCCAAAAGGAACUCCCUUAAGGGACGAGCUUCACAUAAAUGAAGACAUGGAUAUGCAAGAUACUGCUAAACUUGAGCUCCGAAGACAAGCUGAUUUGAGAAGGAACUUGCGUUCCGGUUUAACCAAUCUUCCACAGCCCAAGAAUGAGUACCAGAUAGUUAUCCAACCAGUUCCAGAAGAUACUGAAGAACCGGAGCAGAAGAUUGAAGAAGACAUGUCUGACAGGAUUGCUAGAGAGAAGGCUGAGGAAGAAGCAAGGCUGCAAGAAUUGCUUAAGAAGAGAUCGAAAGUGCUGCAGAGGGAACUUCCUAGACCUCCCGCAGCUUCACUGGAGCUAAUUAGAAAUUCAUUGAUGAGAGCUGAUGAGGACAAGAGCUCCUUUGUUCCUCCCACUUUGAUUGAGCAGGCCGAUGAAAUGGUAAGAAAGGAGCUUGUGUCCUUGCUGGAACAUGAUAAUGUUAAGUAUCCACUUGAUGAAAAAGCAGAGAAGGAGAAAAAGAAAGGAGGCAAGCGGGCUGCAAAUGGAAAAUCUGUUUCUGUCCCUGAGAUAGAAGAUUUUGAAGAAGAUGAGCUGAAAGAGGCUGAUUAUUUGAUUAAGGAAGAGUCUCAGUUCCUCUGUGUGGCAAUGGGGCAUGAGACUGAGUCCCUCGAUGAAUUUGUUGAAGCGCACAGAACAUGCUUAAAUGAUAUCAUGUACUUCCCAACCCGUAAUGCUUAUGGUCUCUCUAGUGUUGCUGGUAACAUGGAGAAGCUCGCUGCAUUGCAGAGCGAAUUUGAGAAUGUGAAAAACAGGAUGGAUGAUGAUACCAAGAAGGCACAACGUCUUGAGCAGAAGAUAAAGAUACUUACAGGUGGUUAUCAGAUGCGGGCAGGAAAGCUUUGGUCACAAAUUGAGGCAACCUACAAGCAGAUGGACACUGCAGGGACAGAACUUGAGUGCUUUCAAGCUUUGCAAAAGCAAGAGCUGUUAGCAGCAUCACAUAGGAUCAAUGGCCUCUGGGAAGAAGUUCAGAAGCAGAAGGAGCUUGAGCAUACUUUACAGAAGCGCUAUGGAAAUCUUAUAUCUGAGCAAGAAAGGAUCCAAGAGCUCAUGGAUGCUUACAGAGUACAAGCUCAGAUACAAGAAGAAAUUGCAGCAAAGAAUCGUGCCCUUGAGUUGGCUGCUGCUGCUGCAAAUAAAACUGAUGUUGUAAACACUGAAACUCCUGAGCCUGUUGCAUCCUCUGAUGAGUUUGGGAACUCUAUGCCAGUUGACCCAUGUCAUGAUGAAACUCAAAGUCAACAGAUGGAUGCUGCUCAAGUGCAAGCUUAUGGAAGCCUAAAACAUGACAUGGAUGUCGAUGUAGUGGAAGAGAAUGCAACUCCAGGGAUGGAUGUUAGCUUAUCCCAAGUCAUGCCUUCUGCUACUGAGGAAGAGUCUCCCAUUACUAACAUUUCUGAAGGCUCCGUUUCUGCUAAUAAUACACCACUCCCCAGUGUGGUUGCAGAUCACUCUAGAGGAGUCUCACUUCAAAAUUCUCUCGAGAAAGGGGAUAGCCAUUCUGAACUGAUUGUCGGAGAAGAGAUUAAGAUGACUGGUGACCCUGUCAAUGGAACUGCUGGUGAGGAUUUAGCUGCUGAUGAUCCGCAGAAUGCUGUGGAAGACAAAAUCCAUAGUGUCUUGACCAAAUCAGAGGAAAUUUUACAAGAAACAACAGAAGAUGGUUAUGUUAAUGGGGACCAUGCACAAGUUAUUAGCGGCACAGGGCAGACGGUAAAUAAGGAAGAUGAGUAGAAAUCUUGCUGCGCAGGUAUUACAGUAACCUCUAAGCAGUUGAUGAUACCAUCAGGCCCAAGUGUGUUUGCAUGUUCUUAAGGUGCUCAUUGGGGCUGUUCUCAGAAUUGGGACUAUUAUUUGCACUCCUUCAAUUUUGCCUAUUUGUGUCGUGUAAGAACCAGAUGCACUCUUGGUUGCGUGAAGCUGCAAUUGUUAAAUUAAGGGGUAUGUCAACCAAAAUUUUAUAAUGAACUUGGGGAGAGAUCUAUAUAUCUCAUCAUGCAGAUGGUAGAAAUAUAAUAAGAUCGAUGAACUUUUACGGUAUGUUAUUUUUGAAGGACAAUGUAUUGUUGAGCCACAUUUUCCUGUUAGAUCAUAUUAAAGUUCUUGAUUUUGUA